GGACUACUUUUUGAAAUUGAAAAAAUGAAGCGCGGGUUGAUAUUGCUUCUUAUAAGUUGUGUCCUAAAUGAAGCAUGUGGUCAAGAAGGAGACAAAAGUGUGGAUUUAAUGCUGAUUGAGAUGCAAAGUAAAGAAGCGGAGGUGAACCGGGAGAAACAGCCGGGAAAGGUGGAUGCUUACCCGGUGAUGAGCGGAACUAUGAGCGCGGAGGCGGGAGGGACACCGACCCCCGCGCCGCUGGAAGAAGAGAUGGACAACCAAGAGAAUGUCAUCAGCCAGUUGCUGGGAGAUUACGACAAAGUGAGGACCAUAUCCUCCGGCUCAGACUGCGUUUGCCGCUGCAUCGUUCGGCCAAUCCGACGCUCCGAUUGCAGCCGCAUGCAGGACGGGGACGCGGGGGCUCCGGUCAGGGACAUUUACACUGUGGAGACGGUGACCACUGGGAAAGACUGUAAACGCUGUGAGUGUUUGGCCCCGCCCUCUGCUGUCAAUCCCUGUGAGGGAGACUUCCGCUUUAAGAAACUCCAAGAGGCCAGUAAGGACGACAUCAAGCUUGCCACCAUCAUAGAUCUGCUGGAGGGAUCUUUGUACGGGAUGGACCUGUUAAAGUUGAAUUCUGUCACCACUAAACUACUGACCAGAGUCGACAGCCUGGAGAAAACUUUUGCUCGUAGUGUUGCUGAAAAAUUAAAAGAGAAAGAACGAAUGAAAGAAAAAGAGAAAGAAAAGAAGUCAAACAAAAAGAAGAAAUUGAGUGAUGUGGAGAGAAUGGGGCAGAAGAGCGGAUCUGGCAGCACCAACAAACAGAAACUAUAUGAAGAAAAGCAGUGGGCUAAAAAUAAUACAGAGAUUCAAAAACCGGCUCAAGAAAAACUGGAGACAAAGUCAAUCAUCAAGGACAAGAGCAGCCUGGUUGUUAAGGGUGUUAAAUUUUAUAAAGCUGAAGAGGAGACGUUCAAGGAGAAAGAGCACGUCAGGAAUACAAAAGAGAGAGAUGUUGAAUUGCUGGUAUCUGACGAACUCCCCCCAACCCGCUCUGCUGUCCCCCCUGAGACUACAAAAUCACACAAAAUAGAAGUUCCUUUAGCUCCUACGCAGUCCACUACGACUACAACCAAACCAGUGCCCUCUGACCCCCUGAAGAGGACCACAGCUCCCCCUCCUCCUGCUGAUGUAGGACUACCCAUCAGUGCUGCUCCUACACAGCUCCUGCCUGGUGCCAAGACUCGUCUGAGCUGGACCGAGAGCCCAGCUGACCAGCCCAAACCCACUAAGAAACCUGGUUUGUGUAAAGACACUGUGGCCAGUAUUUCUGAACCUGUGCAGCACAACACGUACGGUUUACCAGAUGGAGCCUGGAUGAGAGACGCACGGGGCCAUGGAAAUGUUAUCUACCUGACUGAUGGUCACUAUGGCAACAUCCUGCAGGAAUUCAGAGACAUGGACACUUUCAAAUCAGGGCAGACCAGUAACUCAUACAAGCUGCCAUACAGCUUCACCGGGACGGGCCACGUGGUCUUUGAUGGGGCCUUCUUCUACAACCGCGCCUUCAGCCGCGACAUCAUCCGCUUUGACCUGCGGCGCAGACUAGUGGCGGCCUGGACCACACUGCACGAUGCCCUGCUGGAGGAGCAGGCCCACAGGACGCACUCAGAGGUGGAGUUUGCUGUUGACGAGUCAGGUCUGUGGGUGCUGUAUCCUGCCCUGGACUCUGAAGGUUUCCAUCAGGAAGUGAUCCUGCUCACUCAUCUCCGCCCACGAGACCUUCAACCAAUCCAGACCUUCCGCACUGGUCUGCGCCGCGGUCGCUACGGGAACAGCUUCCUGGUUUGUGGCGUGCUCUACGCGGUGGACAACAUACAGCAUCGCUACGCUAACGUGACAUACGCCUUUGACACACACACAUUUACACACACUGUGCCUCUGUUAGCGUUCACAAGCACACACCAGCACACAGCCCAGCUCAGCUACAGCCCUCUGGACAAAAAACUGUACGCCUGGGACAACGGACACCAGAUGAUGUACGACGUCAUCUUUGCCUAUUAGACUGAGAAUCACACUGAACUUGUGAAUGUUUAGACUGUGGAGAACUUGAACAGACACUGCUGAGCCUCACUCACGUCCAGAGGAAACCACAACAUGCUUUGGGACACAAGCUUCACUAUU